AUGAGCUGCUCGUUACACAAAUCCGAUCCACGGGCAAAACUGCUAACGGGGAUGACGUUUUGGGGAGUUACUUUGCCACUGGCGUGUAUAGUGUUGGGAUAUGGAGUCACCGCAAAUAUGAAUUAUGACGUUCACAUCGACAAGCUGGAGCGGGUUGGGGAUACGGGCGAAUACUUCAAGUACAACUACAGCUACGAGAAAAUCUCCGACAUGAAGUUUUCCAUGGGUGCACAGAUACAGCAGCUGAAGGAGCUCGACGACACGUACACGGUGAAGGCCCUGAUGGCCCGGGCCGAUCUUGCGGAAGGUAGCGAGUACGAGGUAAUGAUGGACCUGCAGAAGACACUGUGUGACUGGAUGCGUACGGUUUACAAAACGUACUUCUACGACGAGCUAGCAAAGGUGAGCAAUUUCCCCCAUUACGACACGUGUCCGCUGCCGGUGGGCGAGUAUGUCGUGGAGAACUAUGUGCUCGACACCGAACCGUACAGUGAGAUGAUGUCCGAGGGCCGAUGGAAGGCGGAAAUGAUGCUGAUGAAGGACGAUAAAAUCUGUUCCGGUAUCGUUAUGAUGACUACGGUGAAACCGAAAGAGGAGAGAUAGAUGUACAAUAGCUAGUGGACACAGUUGAUCAUCAUGCAUGUUGUAGUACAUAUGAAACGGUUGGGUUU